AUGAAGUUCUUAUCAGCUACCUCCAGCCUUCUCAUCCUGGCGGCUCCCCUCACCACAGCUGCCUCCUUCUCCUUCUUCGAUCCCUCACAAACUCCGCUCAAAGUCGAUCCCGUCCAGGAUUUCCCCGUCGAGGGGAACAACCCGUUGCUGUACUGCGCCAACCCAGCCAACCACCUACUCCAGAUCGAAUCGGUGAAUUUGUCGCCCAACCCCCGAAACCGCCAAACCUUGACUAUCAAAGCCCAGGGCACCUUCCUUGACCGGAUCGAGAAGGGCGCUACCGUGAGCCUGGAAGUGAAAUGGGGUAUCAUCACUCUGCUGAAGCAGACGGUCGAUCUGUGUGAUCAAAUCUCCAACGUCGACCUGAAAUGUCCUCUAGAGAAGGGUCAGAUGACCUUGACGAAGCAGGUGGACUUGCCUAAGAACAUCCCACCGGGCAAAUACUCCGUCCUGGCUGAUGUUUACACCAAGGAUCAGAGGCAGGUUACUUGCCUGCGCGCGGACAACAUCGAGUUCCAUCUGUAA